GGCCCGUAACCCUUCUCAAACCGAACAGCGUCUGUGGAGCUGCAGUACCGCCAGUCCCCUCCGUGUACAUGGGAUGGCGUGCUUUCCAACCGGAACCCUGGCCUCUUGCGUUUUCACUCAUGCUACACAGAAAUGGCGGAGAAUACAGUGACGGUCACUGUUGCUUACGGUUCUACGAAGCACAGCAUCACGGUAACGGGGCUGGACGGGAACGAACCGAUACUGAAGGACCUUUCUGAUGCUCUGGUUCAGGUUACUGGGGUCCCGAUGCCUGCACAGAAACUCAUCUUUAAAGGGAAGUCACUGAAGGAGAUGGAGGAGAGUCUGUCCAGCUUUGGAAUCAAACAGGGAUGUAAACUCAUGAUGAUUGGAAAGAGGAACAGCCCAGAGGAGGAGUCUGAGCUGAAGAAGUUGAAGGACAUUGAGAAGUCAGUAGAACAGACGGCUAAGAAACUGGAGAAGGUGGAUGGAGAGUUGACAGGCCUGAAGAAUGGGUUCCUAGCUAAAGACCUGCAGGCUGAGGCGCUGGGGAGACUGGACCAAAGAGUGAAGGUGGCAUCUGAACAGUUCAUGAAGAUUCUAGAGCAGGUGGACUCUAUGACUUUACCAGAGAACUUUGGUGACUGUCGGAUGAAGAAAAAGGGUCUAGUAAAAACAGUUCAGGGAUUCCUGGCUCAGUGUGACAAGAUUGAAGCAGGGAUUUUAGACCACUUGGCUAAGAUCCAGUCUAAGAACCUGGCCCUGGCAGAUUCUUAGAUCUACUAGUUCACAGAGAUCUACUGGGUUACCAUCUGGGAUCUGCUGUCAUGUCCAUCUCUCUACUGCUCCACAUCUCUGUCCCUGCCCUGGUCUCCACGCUGCUCUACGUCUCUGUCCCUGCCCUGGUCUCCAUGCUGCUCCACGUCUCUGUCCCUGCCCUGGUCUCCACGCUGCUCCACGUCUCUGUCCCUGCCCUGGUCUCCACGCAGCUCCACGUCUCUGUCCCUGCCCAUGUCUCCACGUCUCUGUCCCUGCCCUGGUCUCCACGCUGCUCCACGUCUCUGUCCCUGCCCUGGUCUCCACGCUGCUCCACGUCUCUGUCCCUGCCCUGGUCUCCACGCUGCUCCACGUCUCUGUCCCUGCCCUGGUCUCCACGCAGCUCCACGUCUCUGUCCCUGCCCUGGUCUCCACGCUGUUCCACAUCUCUGUCCCUGCCCAUGUCUCCACGUCUCUGUCCCUGCCCUGGUCUCCACUGAGUCACCAUCUGGAAUCUGGGGAAAUCCAUUUGAUUUCGAUGACCUUUUGAUAGCAUCCCUUUCGAUUUGAACAAAACCUUCCAUACAUAGUCACCCAUUGUAGAAGUGGUCAGAAAGUGACUUUCGGGACCUGAAUGCCAAAACAUCGAAGACAUAAAGGUGCUCAAAGUUGACCUAUUAGAAUGUAUGACACCCAUUCUGUGUCUCAACUGAUGGACAACACAACCUCAGAUGAUGUGAAAUAGGGUCUAAGCUAUAACAUGCAGAUAUGAAAAAGAGUUUACAUUUUGUUAGAUAAUUUAUAUUAAGGCAUUAAAUAAUGUCCACAUUUUUAUUAAAACAUAUUUUUUUUCAAGAAAUUAUUAAAUCGUAUGAUAACCCUGUUUGUAAGCUCUUAAAUUAUAUCAAUCUCAACCAUACAUUUUUUCCAGUGAUGUCUUGUGGUAUGGUGGGGUAUGCAAAACGGGUCAACUUUGAGGACCUUUAUCUCCUGAAUGUUUUGGCAUUCAGGUCCCAAACGUCACUUCCUGACCUCUUCUUCGAUGGGCGGAACGUUGUGUUUAAAUCAAAAGGGAUGCUGUCAAAAAGUGAUUGGCCUGGAGCAGCUCGAGGACACCUCUAGUAGAGUCAUCUCUCCAGGCCUGGAGCAGCUCGAGGACACCUCUAGUGGAGUCAUCUCUCCAGGCCUGGAGCAGCUCGAGGACACCUCUAGUGGAGUCAUCUCUCCAGGCCUGGAGCAGCUCGAGGACACCUCUAGUAGAGUCAUCUCUCCAGGCCUGGAGCAGCUCGAGGACACCUCUAGUAGAGUCAUCUCUCCAGGCCUGGAGCAGCUCGAGGACACCUCUAGCAGAGUCAUCUCUCCCCAGGCCUGGAGCAGCUCGAGGACACCUCUAGUGGAGUCAUCUCUCCCCAGGCCUAGAGCAGCUCGAGGACACCUCUAGUAGAGUCAUCUCUCCAGGCCUGGAGCAGCUCGAGGACACCUCUAGUGGAGUCAUCUCUCCAGGCCUGGAGCAGCUCGAGGACACCUCUAGUAGAGUCAUCUCUCCAGGCCUGGAGCAGCUCGAGGACACCUCUAGUAGAGUCAUCUCUCCCCAGGCCUGGAGCAGCUCGAGGACACCUCUAGUGGAGUCAUCUCUCCCUAGGCCUAGAGCAGCUCGAGGACACCUCUAGUAGAGUCAUCUCUCCCCAGGCCUAGAGCAGCUCGAGGACACCUCUAGUAGAGUCAUCUCUCCAGGCCUGGAGCAGCUCGAGGACACCUCUAGUGGAGUCAUCUCUCCAGGCCUGGAGCAGCUCGAGGACACCUCUAGUAGAGUCAUCUCUCCAGGCCUGGAGCAGCUCGAGGACACCUCUAGUGGAGUCAUCUCUCCCCAGGCCUAGAGCAGCUCGAGGACACCUCUAGUAGAGUCAUCUCUCCCCAGGCCUGGAGCAGCUCGAGGACACCUCUAGUGGAGUCAUCUCUCCAGGCCUGGAGCAGCUCGAGGACACCUCUAGUGGAGUCAUCUCUCCCCAGGCCUGGAGCAGCUCGAGGACACCUCUAGUAGAGUCAUCUCUCCCCAGGCCUGGAGCAGCUCGAGGACACCUCUAGUGGAGUCAUCUCUCCCCAGGCCUGGAGCAGCUCGAGGACACCUCUAGUAGAGUCAUCUCUCCAGGCCUGGAGCAGCUCGAGGACACCUCUAGUAGAGUCAUCUCUCCCCAGGCCUAGAGCAGCUCGAGGACACCUCUAGUGGAGUCAUCUCUCCAGGCCUGGAGCAGCUCGAGGACACCUCUAAUAGAGUCAUCUCUCCAGGCCUGGAGCAGCUCGAGGACACCUCUAGUAGAGUCAUCUCUCCCCAGGCCUGGAGCAGCUCGAGGACACCUCUAGUAGAGUCAUCUCUCCAGGCCUGGAGCAGCUCGAGGACACCUAGUGGAGUCAUCUCUCCCCAGGCCUAGAGCAGCUCGAGGACACCUCUAGUGGAGUCAUCUCUCCCCAGGCCUAGAGCAGCUCGAGGACACCUCUAGUAGAGUCAUCUCUCCCCAGGCCUAGAGCAGCUCGAGGACACCUCUAGUAGAGUCAUCUCUCCCCAGGCCUGGAGCAGCUCGAGGACACCUCUAGUAGAGUCAUCUCUCCAGGCCUGGAGCAGCUCGAGGACACCUCUAGUGGAACCCUAUUCCAACGUAGUGCUUUAGUUUGGGACAGAGACCUAUGUGGGAGCCCUAUCAGGCCAAAGCAAGGACACUAAAUAAGGAGUGACAUUUAUGAGCUGUUCUAAUGUAUUUAUUUAGCAUGGCAACAUGCAGCAGAGUACCCUUAUACUGAGCCCUCCGUGUGUGUGCUGGGGUAGAGAAGACAACACUGACUGUUGCAGCCUUUGGUCCUCAGGGACUUAAGAAAAGGGUGCUGUGUAUGUAGGAUAUUUUAACAAAGUAAAAGAACCAAAAUGAAAUAAUCCUUCAGACUUUGAUGUGUGGUGUUUGCUGAUACGUGUUGCUAUUACAGAGACUGCUGAUAUUGAGCUGGUGACUGAUUCUGUGCUGCUUUCUAGUGACAGGAUGUGAUGUCACUAAUGGUCAGUCUGACCAGUGGCGGGAUGUGAUGUCACUAAUGGUCAGUGUGACCAGUGACCGGAUGUGAUGUCUCUAAUGAUCAGUCUGACCAGUGACAGGAUGUGAUGUCACUAAUGGUCAGUCUGACCAGUGACAGGAUGGAAUGCUGACUGCCUAGUGGAACCAUGUUAUAGUGUGUCGUUUCAGAUAAAAAGCUGUUGUGAUUGUGUGAUUUAAA